CCUCCCUUCCUCCCUCCAUCGGUCCUCCACCGAGUCAUUGGUCUCCAUUCUCCCGUCCUCGACCAGCCUCCCUCCACACCCCCUCUUUUCCUCCUUUUUUUUUUUUUCGGGGGGACUCAUGACUCGUUCCCAGCAGCGAACUAGUUAACGAGCGGCGGCGGCAGCGGCGGAUGAGCCCCACCGCGCUCUCGCUCUCCUCUCCGGCAGGCAGCACUCGCUCCGCCACAGUACGAAGAUGGCGUCGGAGGGAGCCAGCGGAGAGCAGCCUCCUCCCCCGGCACAGCAAGCCCUGACCGCCGCCGUGCUGGGAGGCGUCGACGCGAAAUGCGACUUCAACAUGGAUAACCUGAGCAAGCCCGAGCUGUUGACCCUGCUGAGCAUCAUGGAGGGCGAGCUGGAGGCACGCGACCUGGUCAUCGAGGCCCUCAGGGCUCAAAGGAGGGAAGUGUUCCUGCAGGAGCGCUACAGCCACUACAGCCUGACCGACCCCUUUCUGGCACUGCAGCGGGACUUCGAGUGCGGUGUCUCGCUCGGUGACAAAGAGCGGCGGCCGCUGGGUUCCAGCCCAAUGUCUGUCCUAGAGGCCGUCAUGGCGCACUGCAGGAAGAUGCAGGAGCGCAUGUCUGCACAGCUGGCUGCCGCCGAGAGCCACCAGAAGAGACUGGAAAUGGAGAAACUGCAGCUGCAGAGCCUGGAGCAGGACCAUCGCAAACUGACGGCGCAGCUGAAGGAUGAGCGUGAGAAGAAUAAACACAUUGUCAUGAUGCUGGUGCGCGAGUGUAAGCAGCUGGCCACGCGCGUGGUGGAGGAGUCGCAGCGCUUCGACGAGCUUCAGGCCCGUCUGGAUGAGGAAGGCCGAGCCGCGGGGCGCCUCCGGGAGGAGUUGGGUGCCGAGCGGCUGCGGGGCCAGCAGAUGGAGGCCGAGAUGGAGAAGCAACUUUCUGAGUUGGACACUGAGCGCGAGCAGCUGCGAGCCAGGUUGGGCCGCGAGGAAGUUGAGAGUCAAAACCUACGACAGCAGGUUGAGGAGCUCAGAACAGAAUGUGGGGAAGCCAAGGAUGGCGCCCAACCUGCCACCCCUGCCUGCACGCAGCCUAAAGCUUCCGUUUCCAUGGGCACGGAUCCCAUCAGCUCUCGAACAGCGUCCUGCCAAACGGACCACCCCCUCCCUGAGAUCGAGGGUCCCAAGAAGGCUCCCCUCACCGUAGCUGCCAAACCUACCCCGGGCCCUUACGCCGGCCUCAGCUUGCCAAAGACCACCGUCCGGGGUAUUGUCCACGGUAGCUCGGGAGGCCUGGCGCAAAGCGAGAACGGCUCUGAGGCCCAAGCCGCCCCCCCCGGCCUUCCCAGCGGGGUCAGCCCCCGUGUCCAGGCAGCCCGGUACAAGUUCCAGGAACAGGACCAAAACGGCACAGCCUCUCAAAGUCCUCCGGCCCGGGACCCAUCUCCCACAAACCGGGAGAACUUCGCCAAACAACAAGCGCGCCACACUGUAACCCAGGUUCUGUCACGCUUUACCAGCCCUCCAGCAGGGGGGACUGGAGUGUUGCGCCCCGGCCUGCCGCACUCUGCAUCGGAAGGAGGUCCUUUCCCCAGCCGGCUCAGCCACCCCAUUGGUCUUAAGUCCCCCACCGUGGCCAGAAUUGACCGAGGCAACCCUCCCCCUAUCCCUCCCAAAAAGCCUGGCCUCUCCCAGACCCCUUCCGCCCCUCACCCGCCCAUGAAGGUGGUGGGGGACAGCGCCCGCUCUCACGGGGCUGGGCUCAAAUCAGCUACACCCCAGCUGCCGCCCAAACCCGCCCUGGACCUGGUACCAGCCUUGACGGCCUCUCAGGUGGGUGCAUGCCCCCUCCGCUGCUCCCAGGUUGCAGAACGCCCCCCUGUCGUCAUCACUGCCAUCCCCUCCAUUAACCCUCUACCCCCAUCCCUCUCAAUUAGCACUCCAUCGAACUGUAGCCCCCCUCCCCCCACAGACAGCCCCCUGGCAACAGCAUCAGCACUUCUAGUCUCGUCCUCCCUCUCCUGGUUUAACCUGUUCCGUCCCUGCUCCCUCUCCCCACCCCCACACACAGGCUGGUGUCCCUCCGUAGUCUCCCCCGUCGGCGAUGGUGCGCCCGCCGCCCUGGACGGCGGGCGGCCGCUGCUCCUUCUCCAAGCUGCUUCCCAGGGAAAUGUCACUUUAUUGUCAAUGCUGCUUCACCAACCCCACCCUAGCAACCCCGACCACACCCACCGCACCACUGCCAUGGACAACCAGACCACCCGCCACCCACCACAAGACCUCCUCAACAACUUGACUGCUGCCUUGUUUGCUGCUGCUCACCGCGGACACACAGAGUGCGUGAAGCUGCUGCUGUCUUCCGGCUCGCCUGCUGACGUGUUCGGUCAUAAUCGUUUUACACCUUUGCACUUUGCUGCCACCCACGGCCACAGUGGCUGUGUAGAGGCUUUGCUGGCCGCGGGCGCCGCUGUGGACGCAGCUGCGGAUGGUGGCCAGACUGCCCUCUUCCUGGCCAGCGGGGCGGGCAGGAAGCGCUGUGUCCACAUCCUGCUGAGCGCCGGCGCCGAUCGUUCCCGUAUGGCCAUGGACGGCUGCACUUGUCUCCACGCGGCAGUGCGAUCAGGUCACGUGGACACGCUACGUCUGCUCCUCUGUCACCCUGGCCCCAGAGACAGCGCUGUCACCCUUCAACCCGAUGGAGAACCGGCUCUGCCCGCCGACCUGCUAAACCACGCCAACGCCGACGGGUGGACAGCCGCACACAUGGCGGCCGCUCUCGGCCUGAAGGAGUGUCUGGAGGUCCUGUGUAGCCAUCGUGAGCAGGACAUUGAGAGGAAAGAUAAAUGUAAUCGCACCAUUCACGACGUUGCCACGGACGACUGCAAAGAGCUCCUCGAAAAUCUCAAUCAGUAUCGCAUCCUGGUGCGUGUCCAGUAUUCGGAUGGUGGCGGCGCUAAUGGUCCCAUGUGGUCCAUGGUUGGUGAUGAUGAUGACGACGACGAUAAGUGGGCCGAUAAGCAUCAGUUGGUGCUGUGCAGAGUCUCAGUUGACCGCUCCAUGUGCUGGUCUCAGCUCAGUGCCGCCAUCGAUCACGCUUUCACCGCACACCUGCUCAUGCUUUGUGGCGAGGACUCAGAGCGCCCCCCGCUGGGCCUCACGGCUUCAAGCAUCUCCUCCGUCCAGAUUGGAGGAAGUGAGUGGCGGCUUGGUCAGGAACUUCCUGUCUCACCCUGGGAUCUAGUCCGAAAACCUCUCUGUCAGGUCAUCACCGUCCAACUUAAAGGUCUUUCGGAGUCCUGUCUAGAUGAGCUGGCUCUGGAGUCUCUCUUCCCGCUGCCCGUGCUGCUCAACUACGUCCGCUUGGUGGAACAAUAUGGGAGCGUCAUCUUUCACGGCCUGGAGGACAGCUGUCAGGAGUACAUCGCCUCUUUACUGGCUCGCUGCAUCAAGUCCAAGCAGGAGGCGGUCGGCCAGGCAUGUGAGAUUGUGAAGGUGGACGUGCAACCUAGUCUGACCAAGGAGCGGCUUUUGGACACGCUCGUCACCUCCGGCUUCCUGGUCCCGGCGUCACCAGCAUGUGAUCACGGUCGCUGCGUGGUUCUGCUGCUGCAGGGUCUGGAGAAGGCGGCGUCCCUGUCUGGCCUGCUGGGAGACCUGUGCCACAGUUUGGACAACAGGACCUCCAAUGGCCCCCUGCUGCUCAAUGCCGGUGAGUGUCCACAUAGCUUCUGCCAGCGCAGCUUCCUGAUUGGCUCUCUGUCAAAGCCCCGCCUCCAGGGCUCAGAGCUGCGCCUGCAGCAGCAUUUCCGCUGGUUGCGUCUGCGCUGGGACCAGGAACCUCUGCGCGGCCUCCUGGCCAGACGCCUGCGCAGGAAGCUCCUGCACCAGACAGGAAGUGCGGUGUGGGCCAGCGACGGCGUCAUGGAGAAGGCUGUGCUGUGGGUGGCUCAAGUUUGGCAGCAGCUCAACGCCUGCCUGGCACAUCUGGGCACGCAUGAGGCCUUGAUGGGACCUGGACACUUCCUGGCUUGCCCCGUCCACACCGAAGACCCGCACGCCAUCGUCAGGUGGCUGUCUCGGCUGUGGAGCUCCGUGGUGGUCCCUCGCGUGGAGAUGGCCAUCGUCUCCCGGGUAACGGCCAGGUGCUCCUCCUCCGCCCCCCUGCCGACAGGCAGUGUCGUUCUCAGCGCCGGCCAGCAAGCGGUGCUGAAGGCCGCCCUCAGCAUCCUGGUCAACAAGGCCGUCCUGAGGGGCUGCCCUCUCCCACGCCACGAGGUUGCGUUCAGGGGCGGAGGCACCCCUCUGACCACCAUUGGCUCCUUUAAAGGAAGCUUCGGCGGCAGGAAGUGUCGAGACAAGCUGAGACGAUCCAAUACCGGCCCACGAAAGAAAGCAAGUCCCGCCUCCAGCUGGACCGGCGGCUCCUUUCGAAACGGUUGUGUCUCCACCACAGACGUGAGCUGCAUCACAAAUGGCAAAAUCCACAGGGAGGCGUCCGGUUUGUCUUUGUUCUUGGACGACGAGACGGACCUGAUCCGAGAGCUUCAGUCUUUGUCCUCCAGCAAGUCAGAACCUGACAUCAGACGGACGUGGGCGUCUAAGGACCACGACGGCCGUGCCGCCGGAGCUCCGCCCCCAGCGCCAGAACAGGAUGUAGCCAUGGACCAAUCGGCUCAACCGUCGCCGCUGCCUCAGGCCAGGGUCCAGAGCAGCCAGCAUCGCUUGGGUCUUCGGGCCAAAUCCCAGCUGCCCGUGCCCAGCAGGGUCGCCGUGGGCAACAACAACAACUGCAGCAAUGGCAGCAGAAGCAACAGCAAAGCAAACAACAGCAGCGGCAGCAGCAGUAACAAACAACCGCAGGAGCACAUCUGGGUUCUACAACAACACAAUGACAAAUAAACUCACACACACACAAACACAAACCGCCCCCGCCCCCACCAAACGAAGAGCCAAUCAAACGCGUAGAAAUUGCUCCCCA